UCUCUUUUUUUUAUAUAUAUUAUUAUUGAAGACUCAUUUUCUCAUGGCUUCUGGUACUUCAAAGUUGUACAUACAUUGCUUUGAAUUAUAAUGUUUUGAUUGAUAAAAGUUGCAUGUAUGAUUACUUCUACACAAUCGUAUAGAUGGGAGAUUCACAAGGGAAUGGUAAAAGAAAGGAUUACAAAACUUGGAACACUGAAGAAAGCAACGUUUUGCUUCAACUUAUGGUUGAAGGCGCCAAACUUGGAUUUCGUGAUAUUAAUGGUGUGAUAAGCAAACAAACAGUAGAGGCGAAGCUACUUCCUAAACUUAAGGAAAAACUUGGUUAUGAAAUAACUUUUAGUCAUUACCAAAGCAGAGUGAAAUGGUUUAAGAAACAAUACACCAAUUAUUCUCAGCUUAUGCGCCAUAGUUCUGGAUUUGGGUGGGAUCCCAUCACAAAAAGAUUCACUGCUGAUGAUGAAGUAUGGGCAGAUUAUUUGAAGUCACAUCCAACGCAUGGGCACUUUCGGUCAGAAACUUUUCCAGACUAUGAGGACUUGAAAAUUGCAGUUGGAAAUGGAACUGCAACUGGAAUGGGCUCAAUUAGUCUAGGUGAUGAUACAGAUGCAACAACAUUUGGAGCGGAGGAAAAUGAAUCUUGGGGAAUUGGUGGCAUAGAUGGAUUAGUUUUUGAUCGAAAUACUAACAUGUUCGUACAAAGUGAAAAUGAGUCAUCACAACAACCUUCCCAAGGCUGA